AUGGCGCUCGUCUUUUUUGGGAGGCGGCAAACGGUUUCAAUUCUUGACUGUUACUUAAAGCGGAAUCUUGUUAAAAACGGAGGAGUUCUCGAUGGUGUUAUAUUUGUCGUCCGAACGAAAGAUGCAGCGAACCUGGCGUUAUUAGAUAAGAUGGUGGCGAGCGAGCCGGCAUACGAGAGGAUGCAAGUUGACCUCAAGUCCAAGGGAUAUACGAGUUCUUACGAAUUCAUCCAAGACGACGUGAUGUAUAUCAAGAUGGACGAUGAUAUUGUAUAUAUCGAAGACACAGCGAUCAAGGCCAUCGCGAGUGCCAAAGCGUCUCGGCCAGACGUUUACAUCAUGUCGGCUAACGUCGUUAAUCAAAUUCUCUUCAGCUGGCUUCACAGACAGUUUGGCGCUGUGAAGCCGUACCUCCCAGAACUCACCGAAAGACCGGCCGAUAACGACUCUGUGCCGCUCACGGACUGGAGAACGUCUGUGUUGCCAUCAUGGGAAGGACCAGCGGAUUUUCAACAAGAGACUUGGAGCACAGAGCGGCAUCCCAAUCAUAGAUGGCUUCCAGUGAGAGGGAGAAACGCAUCAUAUCCUCUAAACGACACACCAAUAGCCAAGGUGGACUAUACCUUUGGCUAUUCUCAUAAACACUGGCAAGUAGCCGCGCAGGAGCACUACAGUCUGCUGGAAAACCUGGAGAAGGAUGAAUUAUGGCGAUACAGGUUUCCUACCUGGGAUUUUCAGCUUAAGCGAAUGGGUAUCCAAUUCGUGGCAAUGAUGGGUAAAGACAUAAACCUAGCGAAGCCAAUUCCUCCCGAUGACGAGCAUCAUUUUACAGUGGAAAUGCCAACACGGCUUGGACGACACGCCGCAGCUGACGGCACCGGAGUCGUAGCUCACUUCAGUUAUGGGCCGCAAUCAGGCAACCCCGGCGUGCAAAUUCGGAUGACCUGUGCACUACAUUCAUGGCCGAAUGGGGGAAUCACAAUCGAUCAAUUCUACGCCUGGAAUCCUGCUGUUGGGAACAAUUGCCAGAGCCUUUGGCUUGGCACUUCGUACUGCGUUUUGGGUGAAGAUCCCACUCCGACGUCCUCAAGCACAACCUCUAGCACCACCCUUGCGUCUACGACAACAAGUGGCGGUGCUCCAGCUCCAACAAGGCCCGGAACAGUACAAGGGUGCCAGAAGUGGUAUGUUGCCAAGCCCGACGAUAGCUGCGGCGAUAUAGCUACUAGUAACGGCAUCACUAUCGCCCAAUUUGUUGCCUGGAACACAGACGUCAACCUUACUACAUGCGACGGCUUCUGGCCCGACUAUGCUUACUGUGUCAAGACACCGACCACGUCUACACCACCAGCAAAGUUACGGGGCCUGGGCCGACGCAAUCUGGACUCCCUGCCAAAUGUAACAAAGUUUGCGGUUACACAGACCGGAGAUGGAUGCGAAUCGUUUGCGACUAGAAACAAAAUCAUGGUUGCCCAGCUUUAUUCUUGGAAUCCGGUUUUGGAGAAUGCUUGUAAGAACUUCUAG